AUGUUUGACGUGGAAGGAAAGUAUGUCCUUGUGGCAGGUGGCUCCAAGGGUCUCGGGAGGGAACUCUCCUUGUCGCUGGUAAAGAGAGGAGCUCAUGUGACAGCAAUCGCACGCUCUGAGAAUGAUCUGGACAAACUCAAGGUGGAUAUGGACGAUGUGCGCGUACACGAAGACCAAGUUCUCGGUAUCCAGCGUUUGGACUUGACUAAUAGCGAUGAGGUGUCCGGAUUCAUCAACGGGGUUGAAAAACGCAUAACUGCCCUAUUCUGCAUCGCAGGCGGUGCCGGCGAGGAAGUGGGCCACUUCGUGGACAUUUCUGCGACAUCGAUUCAGAGCUGCAUGGAGCGGAAUUACCUCACAGCGGCGUUCAUUUCUCAGGCCGUCAUGAAGAUUUGGGCAACGGAGCUGAAAAUGGAAAAGGAACGCACUGAAGCUCAGCAAUCACGCCACCUUAUCUUCACAGGGUCCACGGCGGGGAUAGUUGCAGUUCCGGGGUACGCCGCAUAUUCACCAUCGAAGGCGGCUGUCCGCUCCUUAGCCGACAGUUUGAGGCAGGAGAGUCUCAUGUAUUCUCCUGCUGGAUCUAUACAGGUUCAUUGCAGCUUUCCCAAGAUAUUCAUGACGGAGAGGAUCAACGUACAACAAGCGCGGAAGCCGCAGAUAUGUAAAGAGAUCGAUGGCACUGCCGACAAAAUCGGAGGGUUGACGGUCGAGGAUGUGGCUCGGCAGAUCCUUGCAGGGCUUGAUAAGGGAUGUUACAUGAUCCCGACGGAUUUGCAGACGCGGUUUCUACUGAACAAUAUGCGUGGGCCUAGUCCGCGGGACAAUUCCUUGGUUGACUGGUUGCUGAGCUGGGCUGCUUUGUUCAUUUAUCCCAUUGUGGCUACGAUUGUGGAUUGGAAGGUAACGAGGUAUGGCAGACAGCGGCGUGAGUAA